CCCCGGAAGUUGGGGAUGGGACCAGGAUAAGUGACCGGAAGCGAACCUUUGCCAACCUGCCCGGAAGGAAAGGGAGAAGGGGGAGGAGGCGGGAGCUUCUCAACCCGGACCCGUAGAGGGUUAGGCUGGGGUGGCCUCUGAUUCCCCCUUUACCGCUCCGCCCCAUCCCGGACCCUCCUGAACUCGCUGCACAACCUCGGCUCCGCCCUUCCUCUUGCUCCGCCCCCAAGCCUCCAUCCCCCGCCUGGCAUCCCUUGGCCCUGGGGUCUCCCCGACGCUGACCCCGCCCGGGUGACCCCCCAACGCCCGCUCCAGGAGCUGCCAGCCCGGCCCCGCCCCCGCUGGCCCAUGGCCUCCCUCUCCGUUCGGGGGCGCGGGCAGCUCCGGCCUCUGGGCCCGCCUUAGCCCCGGCUCGGCGUCCGCAGGCCCCCGCGUCCAGCCAUGAAGCUGAAGCUGAAGAACGUCUUCCUGGUCUAUUUCCUGGUGUCCCUCUCCGGCCUCCUCUAUGCGCUCCUGCAGCUGGGCCAGCCCUGUGACUGCUCCCCCCACCUCCGGGCGGCAGCCGAUCACCUUCGCAGGAAGGACCUGAAGAUCUCCCAGUUGCAGGCCGAGCUUGGCCGGCCGCCACCUGCUCCUGCCCAGCCCCCCGAGCCCGAGGCUCUGCCCGUCAUCUACGUGGUGACCCCGACCUAUGCCAGGCUGGUGCAGAAGGCGGAGCUGGUCCGCCUGUCCCAGACGCUGUCCUUGGUGCCCCGGCUGCACUGGGUGCUGGUGGAGGAUGCCGAGGGCCCCACGCCGCUGGUCUCGGGGCUCCUGGCCGCCUGCGGCCUCAGCUUCACUCACCUGGUGGCCCUGACCCCCAAGGGGCAGAGGCUGCGGGAAGGGGAGCCCGGCUGGGUCCGGCCCCGGGGCGUGGAGCAGAGGAACCGGGCCCUGGCUUGGCUGCGGGGGAAAGAGGCCGCGGUCGGCGGGGACAGGGAGCCGCCGCCUCCGGGGGCACGUGGCGUCGUCUACUUUGCUGAUGACGACAACACCUACAGCCGGGAGCUCUUUGAGGAGAUGAGGGGAACCCGUGGCGUCUCCGUGUGGCCGGUCGGGCUGGUCGGUGGCCUGCGCUUCGAGGGCCCCCGGGUGCAGGGGGGGCAGGUGGUUGGCUUUCACACAGCCUGGGAGCCCGAGCGGCCCUUCCCUCUGGACAUGGCCGGCUUUGCCAUCUCGCUGCCCCUCCUCCUGUCCCGGCCUGGUGCCCAGUUUGACCCCACGGCCCCCCGCGGCCACCUGGAAAGCAGUCUUCUCAGCCAUCUCAUUGACCCCAAGGAUCUGGAGCCCCGGGCUGCCAACUGCACGCGGGUGCUGGUCUGGCACACGAGGACGGAGAAGCCCAAAAUGAAGCAGGAGGAGCAGCUGCAGCGGCAGGGCCGCGGCUCGGACCCCAGCGUUGAGGUGUGAGCCUGCGCCACCCCGUCUGUGGGACAUAGCCGUGCUAGAGGACCUCGUUCCCUCACCUUCCAAGGACCGCGCAGGCUCCCAAGGUCAUGACCCUCCAGAUGCUGGGUCUGCCCCCUGGGCCUAGUGGAUGCUGGGACCAUUUCCAGGGCUGCUCCUCCCCCCGAUUGCCAUGUGGAGCUCGCCAGAGAGAUCAAGUGGACAGUGGUGUCAAGCCAGGUCAGCCCUGGGCCGGGGGCCCCGGCUAGAAGCGCAGCCAUGACUGCUGGAUGAGGGGUGCUGUCCCUCGUGGGCAUGGGCAUGCAUCGCAGGGGCCCGAUCGCGGGGCUGCGGGAUCCCUCCCCACAGUAAGCAUGUUCCCCCAGUCCUACCUCCAGAAUAAAGUACGUCAAGCCUCUG